AGGCGCUUUCUCCUUUUUGGGGAAGGGUCUCCCCUUUAUUUGGGGCUCUCUCCUUUUUGGGGGUCCCUUCUUUUGGGGAAGGGUCUCUAACUUUAUUUAGAAGCUCUCUCUUUUGGGAAGAGUCUCCCCUUUAUUUGGGGACUCUCUCUCUUUUGGGGGUCCCUUCUUUUGGGGAAGGGUCUCUAACUUUAUUUAGAAGCUCUCCGUUUUGGGAAGAGUCUCCCCUUUAUUUGGGGCUCUCUCUCUUUUGGGGGUCCCUUCUUUUGGGGAAAAGUCUCCCCUUUAUUUGGCGGCUCUCUCUCUCUCUUUUGGGGUCCCUUCUUUUGGGGAAGGGUCUCUCUCUCUAUAUAUAUCUCUCUCUCCUUUUGGGGGGCAUGGAGGGGGUGCCGGGCUUCGAGAAGCCUUUCGUGGGGGGCCUGCCUCCUCCUCCAGCGAUGGAUUCGAACCCGGGCUCGAGGAAGAACUUCAGCGUGAGCCACUUGCUGGACCUGGAGGAGGUGGCCGGGAUGAACGGGGGGCCAGGGGCCGGAGCCGGGCCCCGGGACGGAGCCGAACAGCCUUCCGGAGGGAGCAGUGGCAGUGAAGAAGGAGGAGGAAGAGGAGGAAGAGGAGGAGGAGAAGGACUGCAGGAGGGCGACAGCUUGAGCCCGAGCCGCAGUUCGGGGAAGAGGAAGAAGAAGCAGCGGCGGAACCGCACCACGUUCAACAGCAGCCAGCUCCAGGCCCUGGAGAGGGUCUUCGAGAGGACGCACUACCCAGACGCCUUCGUGCGCGAGGAGCUGGCGCGGCGGGUGAGCCUCAGCGAGGCCCGGGUGCAGGUUUGGUUCCAGAACCGAAGGGCCAAGUUCCGGCGCAACGAGCGGGCCAUGCUGGCCAACCGGUCGGCCUCCCUCCUCAAGUCCUACAACCAAGACGCCGCUAUCGAGCAGCCCAUGGCCCCCCGGCCCACCACCCUCGGCCCCGACUAUCUCUCCUGGUCCACCAACUCCCCGUACAGCAACACGGUGCCCUCCUACAGCUCCGGUGCCCCCUCGGCCCCCCCGGCCCAAGGGGUCAACAUGGCCAACAGCAUCGCCAGCCUCCGCCUCAAAGCCAAAGAGUUCAGCCUCCACCAGAACCAGGUGCCCACCGUGAACUGAGAAAUCGCAUCGCCAACCCCGUGCCCCCCCCCCCCCCAAAAAAAGACCUCCGACGGACCCAAAACACCUCCACCCACCCAUUUGGGGAUAUCCAUAACCUUUUCUGGCCCUGCGUUGGAACUAGGGAGCAUUUCAGAUUGGACUACAACUCCCAGCGCUCUACGGAUCCCAGGAUUGCGAUCAUGCAACAGGCUCUUCUUGACGUGGUUUCCCAUCCACAACAAUGGCGCAGAAACAUGGUCAAAGCCCAGAGACACACCUUGCAAAGAUGGGCAGCUGGGUGCAUUGGGUGCAAAUCCAGGAACAUACUGGUGGUGCCUCACACAUUCAUUGUGCCUUGGCAAAUCACUCCGCCACCUUGAUAUGCUACAUCGCUCCAACGACACGUAAUUCCGCCAUUGGUCCAUGACUUUGUUGCCGACACGGCGCAUCACUGCGAUGGUACAUCACUCUGCCAUUUUGACAUGUGUCACUCAAUCAUUGCAUCAUUUGUUAUUGCCCUACGGUACAUCACUCAGCCGUUGCAACAUGGUGCCUCCCUAGGUGGUUUCACUGCAGUGCAUGACUGAAUCAUUGCUACAUGGCGCAGCCCUGUAUUAUUGCACGGCUAUGUAUCACUCAAUCAUUGCACAUGGUGCAUCUGUGCUAUUUUACAAUUGUGCAUCACUUGAUCAUUUCACAAUUACUCAAUCAUUGCAACAUGGUGCAACCGUUAUUUCACUGCGGUGCAGCACUUAAUCAUUGGAACAUGGUGUAGCCCUGUGUUAUUGCACAUUGGUGGAAUACUCAAUCAUUGCAACACGGCGCAGCACUGUAUUAUUUCACAAGUGCCUCACUCAGUCAUUGCAAUAUGGUGUAGCCCUGUGUUAUUGCAUUAUAGUACAAUCAUCAUUGUGACAUGGCGCAGCUCUGUGUUAUUGUACCGCAACGCAUCAUUCAAUCAUUGCAACACUGUGCAGCGCUGUUAUGGCAAUACAGUGCAUCACUCAGCCAUUGCAACAUGGUGUCUCCCUUGGAUAUUUCACUAUGGUGCAUCACUCAAUCAUUGCCACAUGGCGCAGCCCUGUGUUAUUGCACUGAAAUGCAUCACUCUAUCAUUCUAACAUAAUGCAUCCCUGUGUUAUUGCACUAUGGCGAAAUACUCAAUCAUUGCAAUACAGUGCAGAACUGCAUUAUUUCACUAGAGCCUCACUCAGUCAUUGCAACACGGUGCAGCCCUGUGUUAUUACACUAUGAUGAAAUAUUCAAAUCAUUGCAACACGGUGCAGCACUGUAUUAUUCCACUAGUGCCUCACUCAGUCAUUGCAACAUGGUGCAGCCCUGUGUUAUUGCACUAUGAUGAAAUAUUCAAAUCAUUGCAACACGGUGCAGCACUGUAUUAUUUCACUAGUGCCUCACUCAGUCAUUGCAACAUGGUGCAGCCCUGUGUUAUUGCACUAUGAUGAAAUAUUCAAAUCAUUGCAACACGGUGAAGCACUGUAUUAUUUCACUAGUGCCUCAGUCGUUGCAACAUGGUGCUGGCCCUUGGUUAUUGCACAGAAAUGCAUCCCUUGGUCAUUGCAACACGGUGCAUUCCUUGGUUAUUGCAAAGAAGUGCAUCCUUCAGUCAUUGCAACAUGGUGAAACCCUGUGUUAUUGUACUAUGGUGCAUCACUCAGUCAUUGCAACAUGGUGCAUUCCUUGGUUAUUGCACAGAAAUGCAUCACUCAGUCAGUGCAACAUGGUAAAGCCCCCUGUUAUUGUACUAUGGUGCAUCACUCGGUCAUUGCAACAUGUCACAACACAUCGCUACUGCACUACGGUGCACCACUCAGUCAUUGUGUUUUGAUGACAUGGCCCACCACUCUGCCACUGUUGUACUAUGAUGCAUCGACCCACCAUUGCAAAAUGGCGCAACACUGCGCAAAACUCAGAUUCCUUUUUUCUGGGGGCUCUGGAAAGACGUCGCAAGCCGGAAUCCCAUUCAUCCCCUAAAAAACUCUCGGUACUUUGAACUACGAAUCUCUUUUUAAAAGACAAUGAGGAGACAGGGACCUGGAUCCCGACGGAACCACGUCGGGAACGGAUCUGGAAUCCCCCCAAAGAGAUGACCAAAGGAUUGCAAGAACAGUCGCAUGUAAACCGGAUCGAUGCGCGAGAGCUCUGCAGCAUCCGCAACACGGCACAUCUUUUCCCAAGACUUGUCGGAACUAAAAUAAUAGGAAUUGCAUUGUUAUUGCCACUGGACCUCUGCCUGAUUUGCGGGGAAAAUAUGUAAUAAUGAUGGACUUCCCAAGGAACAGAGUGAUGUGUUAUGAUGUCGAAAGGGUCCCAAAAGGUCAUCUAGUCCAACCAGAUGCCAAAAUAUGAAUAUAGGGUCAUUUUAUAAGGUGAUGCCAAGAAAGGUCCAGAAGUGUUGAGUUUAAAUGAGAUAUGGAAGGGGUCGGGGAUAUCUGUAGGGUCCUCAAAACCACUGGUCAAAUCAUCCCAAAACUUGGUGCCUUGCAUGCCCACAUCCACAAGUGCCUUUCUAUAUUGGAGAGGAUAUUUUUGGACUGCAACUCCCACUGCAAUGGUAGGAGUUGCAGUCCAAAACACCCGGAAAGAGGGCUGAAGUUUGUCCAUGCCUGGUGUCAACAAAGCCCCAGCCAUUGCAUUCUGCUUUCAGUUCAUCUGAUGUUUUUCUUUCUUAAACCCACAUGACACUUGUAUUUAAAGAUGUGUUUCGAAACAUGUGCUUCCCUUCCCCUCUCCAAAAAGGCAUACCUCUGAAUGUAUUUUCUCUCCCAAAAUACAUAUUUUUUUUGGUU